UCAUUUCAAUUGAACGUACGAUAGCAUUUUCCAAUUAAGUUUAACUUCACGUGAUAUGUAUUCGUCGUUCUAAAGACGAAAUAUACGUGUAAAAAAACAUGUACUGGAUAAUACUUUUGAUUCCGUUAAAUGUGAUUUUAAAAGAUGCCAACGCAAUUGUAUUUGGAAAAAGACUAACCGUCGACAAAAAAUACCUGGUAUAUUUGUUGCAGGACUGGAAAGUUCCGCCAGAGCAUAAAUACAAAGGGUGGACAUGUGGGGGAGCAAUCAUACAUCACAAGUACAUUAUCACAUCUGCCACCUGUGUUACAGACGGUAAACUCGUAUAUGCUAUAGCAGGAUACAGAAGAUAUGUCAACGCAAACGUUAUGGCAUUGGAUAAAUGCAUCAUGGAAACACGAAAAAAAAUUAUUCUUAUUGUUCACCCUUCGGAUUUCCAACCGAGUAACAUACUUAAUAGUUAUAAUUAUCAUUAUUAUAUGUUUGGAGACAUAUGCGUGGCCCAGGUUGACGAGCCCUACAACUUCAAUGAUCCGGUGUACCUUAAGUAUUGCUCGUAUCAGCCUGCACCAAUACAAGUUAACUUCAUGAAGAAGUUUACGGCGCCAGGCACAGAAACGAUAGCACUGGGGUGGGGGCAUACCAAGUACUACCGGCCGACUGGAGAAACCAUAGAUCUAAACGAAGAGUAUCCACGUUACGCUCCCGCUAGAAUCAUACCUAUGGAAGAAUGUACAACUUAUAUUUGGGAUACAUAUUUUCAAAAACCUAUAAAAAAAUUCUGUGUAUGUACGAACGAGCCAGGCAAUUUCGACGACAGAGGGAUUUUUCACGAACCAGAAGAAGAUUAUGUUUCGUGCAACAAAACAUUGCUCGACUUGAGGAAUGGAGAUGGAAGAUAUAGUGUUAACACGUCAGAUGAUUGCUUGAAUGGGCGUCGUCAGUUGCCAUCGGACCGCAAAACGGCUGGUAUUUGUCAGAAUGACCACGGGGGCCCACUUGUGACUUGGAUCGGAGGUCGCGAGACUUUAAUUGGAGUCGCCUCUGCGUUCAGUCUGACCAACGAGUUCACUUGUGACAAACCUUUCAUCUACAGUUCUACUGUGUGCUUCAAUAAAAUCAUAGAUUGCUUUGUGAACUCGCGACGUUCAGGGAACAACGAUGAAGAGAUCCAGGAGAAUAAUUAUAAUACGACAUUCUUUGAAUGGUUGGAAAGCAUAGCACAUUGAUCCGGAUAUCAAGAAUAUUAUAAUGAAAAUAUAAAAACUAAA